CCCAGCCAUUCCAACGGUCAUGUUAUCUAGGGUUUUCUCUCCCAACGUCUGUUUCUUCCUUUACCCGUUUAAAUGCCGCAUUUCUUCCCUCAUUUCCACUACACAAAAACAGAACAAUCUUUUUCGCAGUAACCAAACAAGAAAAAACAAACUAUCUCCGUUUGUUUCCUUUUUUUUGUUCUUUGAAAAAAAUGGAUUUCCAUAGCCUUACAAGGAAAGAGCUCCAGACUCUUUGCAAGAGGAACAAAAUCCCAGCAAAUAUUACCAAUGUUGCCAUGGCUGAUGCUCUCAAAGCUCUUGAGAUUGUUGAAGGACUUGAUGAAUUCAUGAAUCAAUCUCAAUCCCCAGAAAAGACUAUGAAUAAAUCAUCCCAAGAAGUCCCCUCUACUGUGGCUAGGACAUCAACUCGGAGAAAAACUACCAAAGAAGAACCUCAAAGCACACAACCAACAACCCGAACCCGAAGAACGACUAGAAGAACAAUGGAAUUAAAUGAAGAAAACAAGAAUGUGAAUGUGCCUGACACUCCUGUUAUGGCUACUACUUCCAGGAGAAGGGCUCAGAAAAAUGAUCCUGAAGGGUUGAGGAGCAGAAGAAUAGUGAUUCUGCUUGAAACUCCAGCGUUGCAGACUGGCAGGAGAAGGCCUGGAAUGUGGGAUCGACCAGGGAGAAGUUGA